UAUGACACAAAGUGCUGGAGUAACUCAGCAGGUCUGGCUAGAACAUGUCAGGAGUCAGAUGUUAUGGGGAGAAGACAGGAGAAUGGGGUUGAGUGGGAAAGAUAGAUCCGCCAUGAUUGAAUGGCAGAGUAGACUUGAUGGGCUGAAUUGCCUAAUACUGCUCCUUCACAUAACUUAUGAACUUAUGAAUAUGGAUAGCUGACGUUUCAGGUCGAGACCCAUCUUAAGACUGAAGUAGGGUCUCGACAUGAAACGUCACCUAUCCUCAACUUAUAACACAAUGCAUCAUUUAUUGAUAUGUUCCAACGUGUUGUUUGGUUGGUGUGAUUGACAAUGGUUUUAUUGACAAAAUGUGUUGGUUUUUUCUUUGCUUAUUACAUUAUAAUAUUUGUGUAGAUGCAAUAAACCAAAUAUUUGUUUUAGAAAUCUCUAAUUGUCACUAUUGGAAGUUAAGGUGUAUAAACACACCCUUGCAUUCUUCAGGUCUGGGGUCCACUGACAGGAAACCUGUGGCAUGUGACGACUAUCCAAGGUCCUAAAAGAGGAUGGCUGUGGUCAGUGGGCGAAGCCUCUCUUCCUGCUCUCCACAUUGGAGUCUACUGGUAUUCCUGGCUGUUUUCACCUGGUCUUGGAGCACCUGCCUUGCCUGUCCAAAACCAUGUGCUUGCUACGUACCCACCGAGAUCCACUGCACCUUCAGAUACCUCAACGCCAUUCCAGAAAGCAUCCAAGCUCAUGUGGAACGCAUAAAUUUGGGUUACAAUAACCUGAUGAAGUUAACAAAUGGCAGCUUUUCUGGCUUAAGACAUCUCGAGUUGUUGAUGCUUCAUAGCAAUAAGAUCCAAGAGAUACCAGACAAUGCGUUCAAAGAUCUGCAGAGUCUACAGGUUCUGAAGAUGAGUUACAACAAGGUGAAAACAUUGAACCGUGAGGCUUUUCAUGGUCUACGCAGCAUAGUGCGGUUGCAUAUGGACCACAACAACAUCGAAUUCAUUAACCCCGAGGCAUUCUAUGGGCUAUCUACAUUGAAGCUACUCCACUUAGAAGGAAACAUGCUGCAAGAAAUCCACCGAGAUACAUUUGUCACAUUUCGUUUCAACCAGAUCUUCAAAGUAUCUUCAAUAAAGCAUCUUUAUCUGUCAGAAAAUGCGUUGACAUCCAUCCCUAGUGACCUGCUUUCAUACAUCUCAGAAAUUGAAAGUAUUUACCUUCAUGGCAACAAAUGGUUUUGUGAUUGUAACUUGAAGUGGUUAGCUGAACUCAAUGAAAGGCUGCCAGGUGUGCUUAAGUGCAAGCGAGAUCGCAACUACCCCAAUGGCCAGAUCUGUCCUGUGUGUGCGAAUCCAAGUGUCUCUAAGGGCAAGGAUAUUUUACAGCUGCCUUCUUCCACGUUUGCUUGCAUGCCAUCAAAGAUCCAGUCUCCCCUGAAGAUCAGAAGCAGCGCUAUGGAAGAAGAAGGGGACUAUGCUCUCGGUCAUGCCAAGGCUUUCGUGGCACCGUUGGGUCAAAUGAGUUUGAACAUGAGCGACCAGUCGGGGAAUGGGUGUGAAAUAACCUGCAAUGUACACAGGCCCGUGAAAACACCAGACGUAAUGGUGGAUCAGAAAGAAGACCAUGUACUGCUCAAUACAUCCCUAUCCACCUUCCUUCUUUGCUACGUUGAUUACGAGAAGAUCCAACGUCUAUGGGGGAUCCUGGCGAUGUACACAGACUCACCACUAAAGCUGGAGCGGGAUACCCUGCUGACUGAAACGCCAUCCAAAAGCUACCUUUACAAACAGCCCGCAACCAUGGACAUGCACCAUUUUACGGGUAUACAGGCAGAGAUCAGAGCUGAGCCUUCGUGGCUACUGCACAGUGAAAUCACCCUGCAGCUGGACAGGAGCAGGACAACCCUCAAUGUCUUGCAGAUCAAGUACCACAUAGACUUCCAGGUCACCUUCCAAGACUUGGAAGUGAAGCCAGGGAAAAACAGCUGGGUGAUGAUAAAGAGAGCAAGCAGUGUCAGGACUGAACAUUUUGUGGUGAUGGGUGGGACCGUGGACUUGGAAUGCCAAGCCUUUGGUGACCCCAAGCCCAUCAACGAAUGGAUUCUUCCAGAUGGUAGCAAGGUCCGAGCGCCUUACAGCAGCGAGGACAGCCGGAUUUCAGUCAGUGCAGAUGGCAAGUUCAGGUUAAGCUUUGCUGACCUCUACGACACUGGCAUCUACCACUGUGUCGGGACCAAUUACCAAGAUGCAGACGUGUUGAGUUUCAGGGUGACCAUACUGGACCCCAGCGUUUCUGAGAAGGACAUAAAUGGACCUUACAUUUCCAAAUCGACUGGGGACUCCUUGCAGCUCCCAUGCCAAGCCUCUGGAAUUCCAAAUGCAACAGUCAGAUGGGUCCUUCCUGACCACAGGGUUUUAGAUCGCACCACUACCAACAAGGAGAUAACACCAAAUGGGACGUUGAUGAUAAAGAAGCUGACGCUCAGAGACGGCGGCUAUUACAGGUGUGUGGCUUCCAACCGCUAUGGAGUUGAUCUCCUGGCACUACAGGUGACGGUGACCGGACCCGAGAAAGGAAGUGCUGAAAAUAACGACGCGGCAGAGGACGGCUUAGGUUCAGGGGAGAGUGAGGAAGAGUCACUGGAUUUUGAAGAAACGGGGAGAAACCACAGCCAGUCCGCCACGGAGAACACGCCAGAUGAUAAACCAGACCAAGCCACCACUCCAGAACCCAGGACUCAGCCAACAACGGCAGCGGUGGCACCCAGGAGAAGAACCGGUGGCGGCGGGAGGUCCCGAACUCGCUGGAGGGCCAACCGGAGGACGUUGAAGCAUCCCAGAAAAGUUGAUCCCAAGCAUUGGGCCGAGUAUCUGGAAAGAGCCAGGAAGAACGCCGCAGCCAAGCCAACAACAACAACGCGAGGAAUCACAGAUAAACCUCAGGGGGGUUCCCAGGCAUCUCCGGAGGGAAGGGAAGCGUCGGGAGACGACCAGGAUAGCCCAGUGGACGAGGAAUUCAUCGCGGUGACCACCAGGCGGCCCCGAGAGGUUCCAAUCACAUUGGUAUCUCCUCGCAUAAGGCCAAGGGGUCCCCAUGCGAAUGGAGCGCCAGUGGUGGCACAGUCUCCAAUGCUGGUACAGCCCACUCCACCUAACGAAAGAGUGGCAACGUUUCCAAUGAGCCAGGUGUCCACAUACCCCAGUCUGCAUCCUGUGCCUACAGAUUCCAUUGAUAAAAGGAGACCGGGAGGUGUCAAAGCCCCGACUGUAACUCCCCAACAACCCAAUGCUGAAGGGCAUAUGACGUUCUCCGAUGAUAUUUUAGAUCUUCAAGUUACCCAUGCACCUACCCCAGCCACAAUGGGGAUGCCCACGCCGGAGGCAGAUAUAAUCCCACCAGGAGAACAUACAACACAAGUGGAGGUCUCGAAAGGCGGGAGCGUGACCAUCAGUGGCGGCCACCAUCACCCUAUGACCAGCAAAGACCAUGGUCAUCAAGUCCCGCAUGAACCCAGGCAUAAAGCCACCACCUCCCCACCCCCCUUGCUCUCCACCACUGCCAGCCACACUGUCACCGACGCCUCCGUUUCCAAACCAAAGCUUUGGGGACGAAGACGGAAACAGCCGUACAGGCGUCGAUACGGCCGGCCAGGUGUUAACAAACCUUGGUAUAGCAUCGUGAGACCGGGUCGGCGGAGAUACGGCGGGUCGGCGAUGACACAGUCACAUCGCAAUUCCGCUAUCACCGAGGUCCCACUGCGACUCCCGUUCCCACUGUCCCCUCCCACACAGACUGAGAUAGCACCGAUGGAGAACGCCGCAGUUCCCCCUCAGCCACGGAUCCAGCUUGGCAGAGGUUCCUUGGAGGAAGACGAUCGGGCCAUCAGUCCCGACAGCAACACACAAGUCCCCACUUGGAAAACCAUAACACAACCCCCGGCGACCAGUCCAAGCACCAGCCCGAACCCAACCUUACUAGCUAUCAAGAGACCUACAGAAAGUCCACCCCAAAUGAUCUACUCUUCAACAUAUACUCCAACCACUAUGCAGCCUACCAGCCAGCCCCACAAAGCUGUUCGUGGAAAGAUCCCCUGGGAUAGGCUUUUCGGGUUCAAUAAUCAAAGGGAUGUACUCCGGAGGCUUCGGAAACCCAUGAGGGGUACCGGGCCUAAACUUGUUACUCAAGGAACGUUCGUUCUGACCAAGCCGACUCUCCGAGAUGUGGUGACCACGGUGCCAAUGGUAGAACCCACAGUACUCCCUCUCACCACCCCACGUACCCAAGACACCACCACCGGACAAACCACGCGGAUUCCCGUGACCUCUGCCGGCGAGAUUACAAGCACCAUCCUCCCAUCUACCGUUGGAACGGCGGCGGUCGCUACAGGGACCACCCCCAUCACAGUCACCACGACCCGGGCAACUCUCACCACCAGACAACGGGCGUUCUUCCGGCGCAGGAGACCGGGGUAUCCCUUCGGUAGAAACAAGAACCGAUGGUUGUCGUCGAGGCCCGCCUCCGGACGCAAUCGCUCGGCGGCUGAGAACAGGAAGACAAUACUAGACAGGACGAAAACUAGAUUGGCCGUGACUCCGACUGUCCCAGUAACCACCAAAGCGCCUCUUCCUGUUGCAGUAGAGACCAGCACUUGGAACAUUGGUGCGCACUGGAGACGUUACCCUACGACGGUUGUGACUACUGCACCCGCGAUCCACUACGGUCCCAAGCCUCGGGUUCUAUCCAUCCCACCAAUUCAACCCAUCGCAACCGUUCCAACAACCAUACCAUCGUCCACCGCUGAAGAUGCCGGGACCACAACCACACUGGCUCCAACAUACGCCGCCACCAAGAUAAGUCGGUUGCCCAGAAUCAGUAACAGAAUUAGUCCUGUUACCCCACCAUCUAGCACUUCCCCGACCACCGCGCUGGUCACCGAAUCAAGCGAGCGCCCCACCACAGCGGCUCCUACCUCUAGCCGCGCCCUGACCACCUUCCAGCCCACCUCCAAGGCAGUUCCCAGAUUCCGCAUCACCUUACACAGGUUUGGCAUCUCUCCGCCCCGCAGGCGCCCGCCGUCCAUGCCCCCUGCUUUCGGGGAGGCCAAUCCGCGGUGGGGAAUGUCUCACGGCCGCAUCUUCGGCUCAAGUUCAACAAUCUCGCUGAGCUCUACAGAGGCGCCGAGUGAACAUAGAGCGACCAGCCCCGCUCCAAACGUGGACCUUGAGAACGCCAUAGAGGUCGGAGACAGCAGAGAGGACCUCUCCAGCGAGGCCGGCCCUUCCUCUCCCAAUGUUAUCGCCGUGGAUCCGCUUAUAGGACAGCGGCCCUCAAAGCCGAGAAUAACCGAUGGGACGGCAGCUAGUCUCACGGUGCUGGCCGAUUCUGACGCUGUCCUGACUUGUGAGGCCUCCGGAAAUCCCCACCCCGCCAUUACAUGGACAAAGAUCUCAACGGGGGCAACGAUCACUGCCAACGCCAAGCGAGGCAACAAAUUCGAGGUAUUUGCAAACGGUACCCUGUCCAUUCAGAAGAUCAAAGUUCAGGACCGCGGACAGUACCUCUGUACAGCCGAGAACCAGCACGGCUCCGAUCGACUGCUGGUCACUUUAUCUGUGCUGGCUCUCCCGUCCAAAAUACUGGAGCCUCGGGUAAAGGAUAUCACCGUCCACUCGGGAUACCCCGUGGAGAUGAAGUGCAGGUCCCAGGGCCGUCCUUCACCGACCAUCUCCUGGAUCCUUUCCAACAAGACCAUGGUGAAAAACAGCAGCCCGUUCAACGGGAGAAUCUCGGUGCUGGCUGAUGGCACGCUCCGUAUUAAAGCGGUGAGCGUGUACGACCAAGGUAGUUACAGGUGUAUAGCCAGCAACCCCGCUGGGGUCCACAUGGUGACGGUGCGGAUACGCGUGUUGGCGCAGCCGCCCAGCAUCUUUGAGGACAAACGGCAGACGAUCAAGGCGCGGACCGGGGAGAACAUCAGUUUACCAUGUACCACCGAAGGCAACCCGCCGCCCUCCCUCCGCUGGCUGGUCUUCGACGGCACCGAAAUCAAACCCUUGCAAUUCAUCAGCACCAAACUGUUCGUCUUCACCAACGGCACGCUUUACAUCAAGUCGCUGAAACCGUCCGACAGCGGGAAUUAUGAGUGCGUGGUCACUAGCUCCAGCGGCUCAGAGAAGCGGGUCGUGAGCCUGAUGGUGGAGCGACACCAGGAACGACCCAAGAUCCUCGCUGCUUCUCCCACCAAGCAUAAAUUGAACUAUGGAGAUAAGCUCCAGAUCCACUGCUUGGUCGCGGGAGAUCCGAAACCUCAAAUCCUUUGGAGAUUACCUUCCAAGAUAUUCGUGGAUCAGUGGUACCGGAGAGGAGGCCGCGUGGUUGUGUUGUUCAAUGGGACCUUGUCAAUCGAUUCCACCACGGAGAAGGAUGCAGGGGACUACCUCUGUAUCGCCCGCAACAAUGCUGGGGAAGACAUGAUGUCAGUGAAAAUCGACGUGUCCUUGAAACCGGCGUUGAUAGAACAUAAGCAGUCCGUUGACAAGCACGUUUCCUAUGGCGGAGAUCUUCAUGUGGACUGCAAGGCAUCAGGGGAACCCAAGCCCGAGAUCUCCUGGAGUUUGCCCGACGGGACAAUGGUCAACAAUGUCCUCCAAGCUGAUGAUAGCGGCAGGAGGACCCGUAGGUACGUCGUGUUCGGCAACGGUACCCUCUACUAUAACAAAGUCGGGAUGGCAGAGGAGGGCGACUACACCUGCUACGCUCAGAAUACUCUAGGCAAGGACGAGAUGAGGAUCCAUGUCACUGUGGUGGCCUCGAUACCACGCAUAAAUAAACCCUACAAGCCUUUCCACAAGGUGAAGGUGGGAGAAUCGGCAAUGUUUGACUGCCAAGCCAUGGGAACGCCAUUGCCCAAGAUAUUAUGGAUGUUGCCUACAAAUGAAAUCAUCUCCUUCUCCAAGAGUAGGUACCACAUUCAAUCCAAUGGAUCUUUGCUCAUCAAGAAUGUCCACUUUGCAGAUGCCGGGAAGUACAUGUGUAUAGCCCGUAAUCCGGGGGGCGAUGCCACAUAUCUCCUGCAUCUCAAUGUUGCUUCCACCCCACCAGUGAUCAAUGGCUUCCGGGGGAAUAGGACGGUCAUCGAGGAGGCGGUGGUGAGACAAGCCAGGAAGCAGAUGCAUUGCAAGGCCGAGGGGAUUCCCAAACCUCGCAUCACGUGGAUUAUGCCCGAUAACAUCCUGAUCCAUGCCCCUUACUACGGCAGUAGGAUUGUUGUCCAUCGCAAUGGCACCUUAGAAAUUCGCAACGUGAGGUCUUCGGACAAAGCGGAAUUCACCUGCGUGGCGAGCAACAAUGUGGGGAAGUCCACACUGGUGGUCAUCUUGGACGUCACCCAGAUGACGAGGAGACCCAUGUUCAAGAAUCCAUUCAACCAGAAGUUGAUCGCUGGCAACCAAGUCACCGCCGUCUUCAACUGCUCAGCGGAUGGCAUCCCACCGCCAGAGAUCAUCUGGAUUCUACCCAAUGGGACGCGCUUCACUAGUAGACCCGAGGCAGCUCGCUACCAAAUGGGGAGUGACGGGACCUUCCUUAUCCACAGUCCCGUGGCUGAGGAUGCGGGCAAGUAUCGCUGUGCAGCCAAAAAUAAAAUCGGAUACAUAGAGAAACUCAUUAUCUUGGAGGUUGCCCAGAAGCCCGUCAUUCACACCCACCCACUAGGGUUAAUACGAAGCACGAGUGGAGAUAGUUUGAGCCUCCAUUGCUCCACCAGUGGUAGCCCAGUGCCAACAAUUUCAUGGACCGUGCCAAGCGGAUCUGUCCUCGAUAGACCUCAGAUCAACGCGAGGUACAUCCUCUUUGAAAACGGGACUUUGGUCGUCAGGGAGAUCAGCACGCACGACCGGGGUAGUUAUACCUGCAAAGCCCACAACAAUGCUGGCAUCUCCUCCCAGGUCACGCAUGUGAUAGUACUAGCCUAUGCCCCUCGUAUUACUAAUGGCCCCUCCAAAUCCAUCCAGUCAAGAGGUGGCUCACCCGUUCAUCUCAACUGCAUGGCCAUUGGGAUCCCCAAGCCUGAAAUUGUAUGGGAGCUGCCGGACCACACUGUGCUUUCAACGUUCAAGAACGUGCGCCCAACUGGGAGAGAAUUCUUGCAUCCCCAGGGAACAUUAGUAAUCCAGAUGGCAUCCGUUCAUGAUUCAGGCACUUACAAAUGCACAGCUAGAAGCCAUCUAGGCAGUGACUCCAGACAAACGCUGUUACAAAUCAUCUGAAAUGACUGCUCUUCAUAAAAUGAAGUCUUGCUC